AUGAACGGUCUGGAGGCAGCCCUUCCGAGUCUGACUGACAACUCUUCCCUGACUUACUCUGAGGAGUGCGGACAAGAGACCCCCCUGGAGAACAUGCUCUUCGCCUGCUUCUAUCUCCUGGACUUUAUCCUAGCGUUUGUGGGCAAUGCUCUGGCCCUCUGGCUUUUCAUAUGGGACCACAAGUCAGGCACUCCGGCCAACGUGUUCCUGAUGCACCUGGCUGUGGCCGACUUGUCCUGCGUGCUGGUCCUGCCUACCCGCUUGGUUUAUCACUUCUCUGGGAAUCACUGGCCAUUUGGGGAAAUCCCAUGCCGACUCACUGGCUUCCUCUUCUACCUGAAUAUGUACGCCAGCAUCUACUUCCUCACCUGCAUCAGCGCUGACCGCUUCCUGGCCAUUGUGCACCCUGUCAAGUCCCUCAAGCUUCGAAGACCUCUCUACGCCCACCUCGCCUGCGCCUUCCUGUGGAUCGUGGUGGCGGUGGCCAUGGCCCCACUGCUAGUCAGCCCACAGACUGUGCAGACCAAUCACACAGUUGUCUGCCUGCAGCUGUACCGGGAGAAGGCCUCCCAUCAUGCCCUGGCAUCCCUGGCUGUGGCCUUUACCUUCCCGUUCAUCACCACGGUCACCUGCUACCUGCUGAUCAUCCGCAGCCUGCGCCAGGGCCCCCGUAUAGAGAAGCACCUCAAGAACAAAGCCGUCCGCAUGAUCGCUAUGGUGCUGGCCAUCUUCCUGAUCUGUUUUGUGCCCUACCACAUCCACCGUUCAGUCUACGUGCUUCACUACCGUGGCGGUGGGACUUCGUGCGCAGCUCAGCGUGCCCUGGCCCUGGGCAACCGGAUCACCUCCUGCCUCACCAGCCUCAACGGGGCCCUGGAUCCGGUCAUGUACUUCUUUGUGGCGGAGAAGUUCCGCCACGCCUUGUGCAACUUGCUCUGCAGCAAAAGGCUCGCAGGUCCACCUCCCAGCUUCGAAGGGAAAACCAACGAGAGCUCCCUGAGUGCCCGAUCGGAGCUGUGAGCCCGCGCAUGCGUGCUGUGAGCCUCGGGGGAGAUCCUGUCACCAGGCCAGCUGUAGACUGUUGCAGGAAGACCAGCUAUCACCUGGGGCACACGCUACCAGAGCCAGCUAAAGAAGUCCAUCUUCCUUCACUAUUCCUGAGCAA